GCGUGGCCCGCAAGCAUCCUUAUGUAAGUUCUGUUAUAGAUGGAGUGGAUGGGGAUCUCUCUUGUUUGCAGCACAAAACUCACCCAUGACGUUGGUGAUAUACUACUUUUAGUUGGUGGAACCCUAUUUAAACAAGCUGAUACCUCCUAUGAUGGUCUGUGUGCGUGACCGCAACAUUCCUGUCAAGCUGACAGCCGAACGCGCACUGGUGUACACACUCCAAUUGAACGCUGCCGAGCACAUCUAUGAAGCCUACCUCAAGUCGGUCGAUGCCACUACGCAGAAGCAGAUCUCAGACUACCACCGUCGUGUAUUAAGCAAGUUGGCCCACCAGGAACAGCAACGCGUAGCACAGUUGUAUGGUGGAGAAGAUGAACAAGCUACGGACGAAGACGCAGAGUUAUGGCAAGUUGGACCUGUUGUCACGUUUGGCGAUGAAGACGACGAGUAGACUCUCCAAAAGAAUCAUAAAUUAAGCUCCUUUCUAUUAUUUCUUCUUCUUUGCAACCCUCUCUCCCACUUGUGUUUUUAAUGUAAUCUCUUUUGUUUUUGUAAUUAAAAGAAAAGAAGAACCUCAAAUGUAAUAAAACAGUCUUUUUGUGUAUAGAAA